AUGUCUCACUGCAACUCCAACCCUAACCCUAGCUCUAGCUCUAACCUUUGCUCCAACCCAAACUCGAGCUCCAACCCGAACCUUAGCUUCAACCCUGACCCAAGCUCCAACCCUAACCUUACUUCUAACCCUCACUCUAACCCUAGCUCUAACACUAACCUUAGCUCUCCAACCCAACCCUAG